AGCCCCGCUCCGCUCGCGCAGUCUUGCUCAGUCUCGCUCGGUUUGACAGCAGCAGCGCCAUGUCACUUAACGCGCUGUUCCCUAAACUCAGUCUUCCGCUGAGAGGACUGCAGCUGCUGCGCUCCCGGACACUCACCGCCUCCAGCCGGCCGUACGGAGCCGUGGCCCAGGCGCGGUCUGUGCUGGAGACCGAGCUGGAGUCGAUCCGCGUUGCGGGAACCUGGAAAGGAGAGCGGGUGAUUACUUCCAAACAGGGAGCUCAUAUCAGCGUGGACGGCAGCAGCGGGGAUAUACUAAACUUCUGUGCCAAUAACUACCUGGGCCUGUCCAGUCAUCCAGAGGUUAUUCAGGCUGGAAUUGAGGCGCUCCAGAAUUACGGAGCCGGUCUGAGUUCGGUCAGGUUCAUCUGUGGGACGCAGGACCUCCACAAGAAACUAGAGCAGAAGCUUGCUCAGUUCCAUGAAAGAGAGGACUGCAUCCUGUAUGCCAGCUGUUUUGAUGCUAAUGCUGGACUUUUUGAGGUUCUGUUGGGUCCUGAAGAUGCAGUGUUAUCUGAUGAAUUGAAUCAUGCAUCAAUCAUCGAUGGAAUUAGACUGUGCCGUGCCAAAAGACUCCGCUACAAGCACAUGGACCUGAAUGAUUUGGAGGAUAAGCUGAAAGAGUCUCAGUCAUCUCGUCUGAGGCUGGUGGUGACAGAUGGUGUAUUCUCUAUGGAUGGGGACGUGGCUCCUCUGGUGGGGAUCUGUGACCUUGCUGAGCAGUAUGGAGCCUUGGUCUUUAUCGAUGAAUGCCAUGCCACAGGUUUCCUGGGGAUUCGAGGCAGAGGUACUGAUGAGCUUCUGGGGGUGAUGGACAGAGUGCACAUAGUGAACUCCACAUUGGGCAAAGCUCUGGGUGGGGCAGCAGGCGGUUACACAGUUGGACCUAAACCUUUAAUCGACCUUCUCAGGCAGCGCUCUCGUCCUUAUCUCUUCUCCAACUCUCUCCCCCCUCCUGUGGUGGGCUCUGCCACUCGUGCUGUGGAACUGCUCCUGGCUUCCAAUGAAAUUGCGCAGAGCAUGGCGGCUAAAACCAUGAGGUUUAGAAACGGUAUGACCCAGGCAGGGUUCACCAUUGCAGGUGCCGCUCACCCCAUCUGCCCUGUGAUGCUGGGAGACGCACGUCUGGCUUCAUUAAUGGCUGACGACAUGCUUAAACUUGGCGUGUAUGUGAUUGGAUUCUCCUACCCCGUGGUUCCGAAAGGAAAAGCCCGUAUCCGAGUCCAGAUCUCGGCUGCACACACCGACUCAGACAUCGACCGUACAGUGGACGCGUUCAUACAGACUGGCAGGAAGCACGGCGUCAUAUCAUAACGUAACACUCAUAGAAACAAGUGCCUUUCAAGGAUCAUAGAUUCAACAUGGAGAAAGAACUGCUUCUAGUAAAUGGACUGUUACAGCAAAGCUUUACACUAAAAAAACAGAUUUUAAAAAUGUUAUUUAGUGCUGCUGAAAUUUAAAUCAAAGUGUUUUGCACUAAUAAAUGCUUUUGUUUAA